GCCGCGGAGCUUGGCUUUGAGCGCGCGGGCGCCGACGCCGAAGCUCCGCGGAGUGAGAGCGGCUGGAGCGGCGAGGAGGGGCGCGUGUCGCGCGUGAGAACUCGCGCAGGCGACCCGGCGGGAGGAGGACGAGGCGCCGGGAGCAGGUUUGGACAUUGAACUGGGAGUGACUUGCGGGCAUCUUUAGGAGUCAGCAACAUGACAGAAGACAUCAAGACCAAAAUGAAAAACCACAAGAUUGCCCCUUUGGACAGUCACUUCCCCAAUCAGAACCAGGGCAGGAACUGCUGGCAGAACUACCUGGAUUUCCACCCUUGUGAGAAGGCAAUGACCGCUAAAGGGGGUGAUGUCUCCAUGUGCGAAUGGUACCAGCGUGUAUACAAGUCCCUUUGCCCCAUAUCCUGGGUGUCCACCUGAGAUGACCACCAGGCAGAAGGCACAUUUUCUGGGAAUAUCUGAACUGGCCACACCCCACCUGUCCUCUGUCUUCCAUCCUUCUUCCAGGGAGGUGAAGGGGGACCUGGAUAUGUCUGACUCUAAGAUCUUGAAUCAUGGCUUAAUUAAUUAAAAAAAAUUGUUAGAAAAGUGUAAAAAAUUGUUACAGGUUUGAUCUAAUAGAUGAGAAUUUGGCUUACAGAUUUACUUCUGUGAUUUUGUUAUAUUCUUAUAAGUCCCUUUUACUUAAUCUUGUUUUUAAACCAAUGACUAGUUAAUUUUAGUACUUGUAUAUCAAUGAGAAUUAUGUUUGGCUGCACAUAACAGAAAAUGUUCAAGUAACAUUAGCACUAAGCAAAUAGAGCAUUUAUCCUUAUUCUGUACAAGUUCGAGUACAAACAGGACUGGGCUGAUAGGUGUCUCACUCCAAAUCUGCAGAGAUCAGUUUUCUUCAGCUUCACUUCCCCUCUCCCAGGUUGUGCCACUGCCUUUGUGGUCUGAGAAGGAGGAGAGACUUGAACUCCAAGCAGCAGCAUGAAAGGAAGAAAUGAAGAAAGGGUGAUGGGCACCUACCUACUGUCUUUCUGGAAGUUCCUCAGCAGCCCAUGUGCAACACUUUGGCUUACAUACUGUUGAGCCAACUCAAUCAUACUUAGCUGCAAGGGAGGCUGACAUACAGUAUUUAUUUUAGGAGCCACGUGCCCAGCUAAACAUUCUACUGGGAAGGAAGAAGAGAAGAAAUGAAUUUGAGGAGACAAAAAGAAGGGUAGGCCAUAUCUGAGUUUUAAAUGAUAUAUAAAUACAGUGUCUGCCCUUGUCCAUGUGGGGAUAUGAACCAAGGCCCCUUAGUGGAUGCCUGAAAUCUCACAUGGCACUGAACCCUCUAUAAAAUGUUUUUUCUUAAACAUCCAUACCUAUGAUGAAGUUUAAUUUAUAAAUUAGGCACAGUAAGAGAUUAAUAACAGCUAAAAUAAUAUAAUAAUAAUUAUAACAACACUCUCCAGCAAUUUUAAUACAUUUUAGUCCACACCUGUUCCUGAGCCGGUGCACCACCCCUUGCCUGCGGUGAACCGCUCUCUGUCGCCCGCCCUCCAGGCUCAGGGCUUUCUGGUGCAGCACGCACAGUCAGCAGGACGCGUUUUUGUUUGCCUUCCACCCACAAACGUAAUACCUUUUCCAACUUAACUAAGCACUUAUCAUGCACUGCGGCCCCCAGUUUUGCAGUUUGAGGUGAGCCAGCAAAACUAGCAUGAAUUUAUUUUUUCUUCUUCACAAUUUCACAGAAGAUCCAUUCUUACUGUAGAUCUUAGCAAUAUCAACAUACUUUUUUCCUUUUUUUUAAAUUAAGUUGAGAACUUUCACCUUUUCACUCGAAGAAAGCACUUAUGGCUUCUCUUUGGCACGUCUGAGCUGCCAGGAUCGCCACUCUUGCACUUGGGGGCCAUUAGUAAGUAAAACAAGGUGACUUGACGACAAGCACUGUGAUGCCUCGUAGUUGAUCUCACCACCCAGAUGGCUACCAAGCGACUCCCGGGUGGGGAGCAUCCACCGUGUAAAGACGCUGCACAAAGAGAUGAUUCCUGUCUAGACGGGAAGGACUGGGACUGUGCAAGAUUUCAUUAUGCUCCUCAGAAUGACUUGCAACUGAAAAGCUACGAACUGUUUACUUCUGGAAUUUUCCAUUUAUUUUUUCAGACUGUGGUUGAUCACAGGUAACUGAAACUAUGAAAAGCAAAAUGAGGGAGGACUAUUUUGAUGAACCUAGAUUCAUCAAAAUCUUGAUGAACCUAGAUUUCAAAUGCGUUCUUCCCAUCUCUUCAUCUGAUUUGUCGACAGAGCAUGACAUUUAGACCCAGGGGUUUUACAUCAAGCAAGUCACUAAAUUUCCAGCUUUUUUCCCUAUGUGAUCAGGUAAAAAAUGGAAAGAAAAAGAAAAGAAAACCCCAGUGCUAUCACCUUGUCCUUAGGAUGAGGCCCUUGAGAUGAGGGGAGGGGAGUGGAGGCGGAGGGUGUGAGCAGAGACUCAACAGUAACAAAGGGAGGAGUUCACCUCUCAGCCAGUCCAGGCUGGGUCCUGAAUCUCACUGGCUGGAUUUGCGCUGCCCUGUUUUUCCCUCAGCUCUCUGAGGAGUGUUCCCACCGCCUUUCAUCGGGCACCUGCAGUUCCACCCCAGGUAGCUGGAGGUCUCUGUUCCACCACGGGCCACUGUGGACACAGGCUAGCACCGGGUGUCAAUCGACACCCUUCUCCAACCAUCCAAGGGGAGGUAAUAGUCAAAGGCCACACAACAGUCUCUGCAAGGGGCAGAGUGCAGACGCUGCCUGCUUGAGACCCCCAUCUGCCCUCCAUAAACCUGCUCUGGUGUAUUACCAGCUGUGUCACCUCAGCCAGCAGGCCAGAUGUCAAGCCCUUUACUUACCUAUUCUCUCUUUUACUCUCAUUCCCGUGUUCCUCUGUGCGUCUUCCUUCCCAGUCCUAUCUUUUUACCUUCCAUUAUUUUUUUUCUCCUUCACAGUCCCUUCUAGUGUCCUCAGAAACCCUGGUUCUUCCCAGGGCUUUGUCCUGUUUUUAUUCUUCACUGUAAACCAGCUUCCCCGCCACAGGGCCAGCCUUCCCUCUGCCUCCCUCAGCUGAGGGUGCUCUGCUCCUGGCCCAGCAUCCCUCACUGCCCCUCCCAGCACGCUCCUUCCUCUCUCCCUGCCACUGGCAAGAGCUCCCUGACUUUGGGAAAGAACACCCUUGUCUUUGCUGUUCUAGCCCUUUCCUUUCUUUCAUCACCACCUGAGGACUACACAGCACCACUGCUUCACCACAGCUCUUGGCUAAUUCCUUGUUGUUGUGGUGUACACACCACAUCGUUGCUGACACCAAGGCGUUGAUGUCGUCAGUGAGCUCCAAAUCACUCCUUGAUCAUAACACGACAGCACUGUCAUUGCCCUUUGCUCAAAAUUUUCUCUUGCUCCUGUCAUACUGCAUAAUAUGGUUCUUCGCUUGUCUUUUAUGAAGAGUCUAGUCAGUAAUAGAACAACCAUGUAAAUCACGAAUGUUUAGUGAGCACUUAUUUUGUGUCAUGCGGAAUAUAAGGUGCUUUGUAUGGAUGAUUUCCCCAAUGUAUUCACUCUGUGAGGCUGGUGCAAUUACCAUCCCCACUUUACAGAGGAGGAAACCAUGGCUUGUGGGCUUACAAAGGUAAUUUAUGUGCUCAAGGUGACAGAGCUAAUAAAAAUUAGCAAGCCAUAUUUAUGGAAUUCCAA